AUGGUACGUGCUGCCCUGGCCGUAGCUACCCAGCAGAUGGAGCUUAGGCAGCCUGAGGCCUGGCCUUCGGCCUCACCUGGCUCCAAGGCCACACUGGCUUGCAGACCUCAGAGACAGAGACGAGGAGCACACGACGAUGCCCACAAGCAAGGCAGCCCAAUUCUGAGACGAAGCUCUGACAUCACCAAGUCGCCUCUCACCAAGUCAGAGCAGCUGCUGAGGAUAGAUGACCAUGAUUUCAGCAUGAGGCCUGGCUUCGGAGGCCCGGCCAUUCCCGUGGGUGUGGACGUGCAGGUGGAGAGCCUGGACAGCAUCUCAGAGGUCGACAUGGACUUCACCAUGACGCUCUACCUGAGGCAUUACUGGAAGGAUGAGCGGCUGUCUUUCCCGAGCACGAACAAUCUCAGCAUGACAUUUGAUGGCCGGCUGGUAAAGAAGAUCUGGGUUCCCGACAUGUUCUUUGUGCACUCCAAGCGCUCCUUUAUCCACGACACCACGACAGACAAUGUCAUGCUGCGGGUCCAGCCCGAUGGGAAAGUGCUGUACAGCCUCAGAGUCACGGUGACGGCGAUGUGCAACAUGGACUUCAGCAGGUUCCCCCUGGACACGCAGACCUGCUCCCUGGAAAUCGAAAGCUAUGCCUACACAGAAGAUGACCUCAUGCUAUACUGGAAAAAAGGCAACGACUCCUUAAAGACAGAUGAGAGGAUCUCCCUCUCCCAGUUCCUCAUUCAAGAAUUCCACACCACUACAAAACUAGCCUUCUACAGCAGUACAGGCUGGUACAACCGUCUGUACAUCAACUUCACUUUACGUCGUCACAUCUUCUUCUUCUUGCUCCAAACCUACUUCCCUGCCACCCUCAUGGUCAUGCUGUCCUGGGUGUCCUUCUGGAUCGACCGCAGAGCUGUGCCUGCCAGAGUCCCCUUAGGCAUCACCACGGUGCUGACCAUGUCCACCAUCAUCACAGGCGUGAACGCCUCCAUGCCCCGAGUGUCCUACAUCAAAGCCGUGGACAUCUACCUCUGGGUCAGCUUCGUGUUCGUGUUCCUCUCGGUACUGGAGUAUGCAGCUGUCAACUAUCUGACCACAGUGCAGGAGCGGAAGGAACGGAAGUUUCGAGAGAAGAUCUCCUGCACCUGCGGACUGCCCCAGCCCCGAGCAGUGAUGCUGGACGGCAGCUACAGUGACGGGGAGGUGAAUGACCUGGGUGGCUACAUGCCUGAGAAUGGAGAGAAGCCUGACAGGAUGAUGGUGCAGCUGACCCUGGCCUCCGAGAGGGGCUCUCCCCAGAGGAAAAGCCAGAGAGGCAGCUACGUGAGCAUGAGGAUCAACACGCACGCCAUUGAUAAAUACUCCAGGAUCAUUUUCCCAGCCGCUUACAUCUUAUUCAAUCUGAUAUACUGGUCAAUUUUCUCUUAGAUGCCUGUGAUUCUGUCAAUCUCAUCUCCUUCGUGGUUUGUAUGCACUACAGAAAUUGCUGUAAAAUGAAACAGGAUGGUUGAAAAAACAUCCCAGUACCCACCAGGGUUUUCACUGUCUCUUCUUCAGCUGUCCAAAGCUGCACUGACAAGACACCUUCUAUUUUUGCAUUUAUUAUUUUGCAAUCGGUUGUAUACACAGCAUUAUACAAAGUGUUGCAGGAAUUUGUCAUGAUAGCCACUGAUAUUAGCUGUCCCCAGGUCCCAGGAAGAGCACAGAGGCCACAUGUGGACAUGCUGCAAUUCAGUGCUGGGGUCCUGGAUGCUGUUGCUUCCUUCAUGGGUGGCACUGUGUUCUUUAGACUAUGUAGAACUGGGGAGUACCUGAAUAAAACCCAUUUGCAUGGAGCCCACAUGCACAUGAACCCCUUCUGAUGAAAGGCCCUACUUCAGUCUGUCCUUGCACCUGUUCUGUAUCCCUCAUAAUUAAUGAAAGGUAAUGAUGCUCAUGUUCCAGUCUCUCCCUCCAUCCACUCUGCAUCCUCCACAGUUAAUGAAAGGCAGUGAUUCUCAGGACCUCUCUAACAAGCUGUAGAUAUCUCCCCUUAUAAGACAUGCUCUUUAGACUGUUGACUUUUCCCUGGUAAAGAAACUUUGAAGAUAGAGAUAUGUGUGUAUGCAUUUUGUCUGUUUUGGGAGGUGAGUAAGCUAGAGAACCGUGUUCCUUUUCCUGUUUUCUAGUCACUGUUUUGUGCCUCUCUACCAUGGAGCAGGUGUUUCUUCAAAAUAAAGUGUUUUCUCAGUAGUGUGAUAUCACUGAGGAGCUUGAAGAGGUAUUAAUUUCUUCUGAAUAAUCAGCAUUUCAAGGAAUCUUGGGAUGCUUAUAGCUCAUAAGAAGGAGAAGCACACAAUUUCUUAAGAGAAAAUACCAUUAAAAAGCAAAAGAAGCAGACAGACGUCUGCGUUACCACUCAGCGAGAGCCAGCACUGUCUAGGAACUAGACACCAGUUGUCAGCUAGACUGAGCCGGCAGCAGACCUGAUAAAGUGGCCCAGUGGCAACUGAUGUCAUGGGUUGUAAUCUGGUGAAUUAUUUUAAAAUAAUGUUUAAAAAACAAGCCUUUGUGUUAUCUAUCUAGAAGAUCUAUAACAACUCCAACCAGACUUCCCCAAAUAGCAAUUUACAGUAUGGCAUUUUCUCUGGGCCUCAUCUUUCACUCACAGAGACAGGGAGUCUAUUCAACACUCAUUCACAUCCCACUAGCCACUAAGCCAACUUAGCUAAGACAUGGCCCCUUAAUUGUGGUUGUGUUCAGAGUUUAGUGAGACAUAAAUGAUACUUUCACAUUGUGGAACAUGUUAAUAAAUAUGGAGGUGAUCUAAGAGACCCCUCCAGGGACCACCGUCCUCUGUGCUAGGAAAGUUCCCUUCUUAUAUGUCCUUAGAUCUCCCAUCAUUUCAGAGUUAACUUGACAGACCAACCCUAACUAAUAUAUGCAUGGCUAUUCUUUAUUCUGAUUUUAAAAAGAGCUAUUUGCAAACUCCUACUUAGAAGAUAGUCUUUCACUUCCCACAAUGAAAAGUCACCAAAAGCUUUCUUCAAACUCAAGUAGUAAACUUAGAAGGACAUAAAUUAAAUAAUUGAUUAUCAUUGAUAUUAAAAACGACUGUUGUUUUGACAGUCAUGGUUUGCACCUGUCUGUAAUCUCAGCACUUGGGAAGCAGGAGUGAGAGGACCUGGAGUUCAAAGCUGGCCAUAGCUUUACAGCAUAUUGGGGGCCAGCCUGGGCUACAUGAGGUUUAAAAAGACUGUUUUUUCAUUUUUAUUUUAUGAAACAAUUACCUUUAAAGUCAACAUCUUUGCCACUGUCUUCUCCCUCACCACUAGGGCCACUGAGCUGUCUAGGUUUCCAGAUCAAAGCUAAACCUUACCUACUGUUUGGGAUACUCUAGCAUUUGAGUCAGUGUGUAGAAUGCUCUCCUAGUCUGCUAACCUGCUGUGUCAAAGACUGCAGACCAAAUGGCCUGAUUAACAGAGAUUUCUUUUCUCACAGUUCUAGAGACUAAUGUCCAAGGUCAAGGUGCUGGCAGAUGUGGUUUCCCUAGAGGCUUCUCUCCCUGACUUUUCAAUGGCCACCAUCUUGCUGUACCCUUGCCUUCUUUCCUUUGUACCCACCUAUGUCCUUUUCUCCCUAGUUAUAUUUGCUCAGGGCCCAUAUCAGUGGCCUCAUUUAACCCGAGUUCUUUCUUUAGAAGCCUGUCUCCAAACCAUUUGUUCUAUAGCAAUCUCCCCCAGGUUGGAAUACUUUAUUUUGGAAGGAAGCUCCUUAGGAUGUGCUAAAAGAAGGUGAUGUCCUCCAUCCCACAGGGAAGAAGCCCAUUUAGGUUAAGCUCAGGAAACAAACAACUCAAAAGUUUCAGGAAAUCCCUGAAACCAAAUAGAUAAACUAUCGCCCUCCACAAAGUAUAUAUAAGCAAUAAGAACCACUGAAAGUUGCUUUUAGGUGAUCCAAGCUGUCUGGAAGGGGCAAAGACCAGCUAAACUACCUGGAAGGGACACUUUCCAACCCAUUCAGCUGCCUGUGAGUCAUG